UAGAUAAUAUUAAAAUGUCAGACUCUGAUCUCUAAAAUGGAUGUCCUUCAAAAAAUCAACUAUCUAGAUGUAGUAGGAAUAGUGGUUGCAGUGUCAGUGAUAGUGAUAGUUUACCUAAAAUGGAAAUUUUCCCAACUGCAGAAACUCGGAAUUCCCACACUAUCCCCUUCAAUUCCAUUCGGAGACACUAAAAAAUUAAUGCUCGGACAAUACACUUUCGGUGAACAGUUUGCAGAAUUUUAUAAAGAAUUUAAAUGCCGCGGUUUAAAACAUGGUGGAGUUUACCUUGGCGCCAAACCCUUCUACGUCCCUAUAGAUCCUGAAUUAAUAAAGUGCAUCAUGCAAAAAGACUUUCAACAUUUUGUAAAUCAUGGAUUUUUCAUCGACGAACAUCAUGAUCCUUUAAGCGGACAUUUAUUUAACUUGGAAGACACCAAAUGGAAAAACAUGCGGAUCAAAUUAACACCUACGUUCACAUCCGGUAAAAUGAAGAUGAUGUUCCAGACACUCGCUGACUGUACCGUUGGUUUAAAAACAGUAAUGGAUAAAUCUGCCGUCGAGCACACUCCUCUAGAUAUUAAGGAUAUUUUAGGUCGAUUUACAACGGACAUAAUAGGAUCAGUGGCCUUCGGUUUAGAAUGCAAUAGUCUGAAAGACCCUGAUGCAUUAUUUAGAAAAUACGGUAAAAGAGUUUUCGAGAUAGAUACAUGGGAACGUCUCAAAUUUAUAAUGCAGUUCGCAUUUCCUCGUAAUUUGUUGAAGGCUAUUAAAUUUAAAAUGACAAAACCAGAAGUUGAAAAUUUCUUUAUGAAAGCGGUAAGAGAUACUGUGGCUUACAGAGAAAAGAAUAACAUCUCAAGAAAAGAUUUCAUGCAUUUACUCAUUCAACUGAAAAAUAGAGGGACUGUUGUAGACGACGAUAAAAUUACUGACGAAGGAAAAACUGAAGAGAAAGCUUUAACUAUGAAUGAGUUAGCAGCUCAAGCUUUUGUGUUCUUUUUAGCAGGGUUUGAAACAUCGUCCACGACCAUGACUUUUGCGCUGUUCGAGCUAGCAACAAAUCCUGAGAUACAAGAUAAACUAAGAAAUGAAAUUAGUUCAGUGUUGACUAAAUAUAAUGAUGAACUAACAUAUGAUGGAAUUAUGGAAAUGACGUAUAUGGACAAGGUAAUAAAUGAAACGCUAAGGAAAUAUCCUCCAGUUCCUAUGCUCAUGAGAAAAUGUAAUAAGGAGUACUUAAUUCCAAAUACGUCCAUCAUCUUACCUAAAAACAUGGAUGUUGAUAUAGCGGUUCUAGGUUUACAUAAGGACAAUGAUUAUUAUCCGAAUCCAGAAGUCUUCGACCCAGAACGUUUCUCUGAUGAACAAAAAUCUUCCAGACCAGCAUUCACAUGGCUACCGUUCGGUGAAGGACCCAGAGUUUGCAUUGGUUUACGCUUCGGGAUGUUACAAAGCAAAGUUGGUUUAACAACCUUGUUGAAAAAUUACAAGAUAAAGUUAAGUUCCAAAACCAAGACUCCCUUGGAAUUAGACAAAAACAGUUUUGUCACUACUGCAGAGGGUGGAAUAUGGAUAGAUGUAGAGAAAUUAAACAAAAAAAAUUAGUAUAAUA